AUGUCGGGCUUCGCCGACGGGGUGGAGGACCCGGAUGCCGAGGUGCGGGCUGUGCUGGGAGUCGUGGGGCGGUGCGUCGUGCGGGAGGGGGACCUCGCGAGCUGGGUCCUGAGGCUGCUGGAGACGUGCUGGGGGGUGCGCCAUCGGCUGGGCGCGCUGGAGGCCCCGGUGACGGAGUGUCCGAGGCGGGUCGGGGCGCUGGGGGCGUUCGGGUGUGUCAAAAGGUGGAGGAGGCGGCUGGAUGCUUUGAGGACGGAGCGGGAUGCGCAGAUCGGCCAGGGGGGUGAUGAUGCUCCUUCUGUCACCGCCGAGGAUGUUGCGGUUGGAGAUUUGAUGCAGGAUGUGGACUGGGCCAUGUUGAUGGAUGUUAUGGACGAUUUUGACUGGGAAGGGAGCGCAAGAGCGGGCGGCGAGCCGAGCCUCUUGAUGCCAGGAUAG